UCGGGUGGGCAGCCCAACGGUUGCGAGGCAGCGGGAGGCGGGUCCUCGCCCCGCACCCCUCCCGCCGUAUAAAGGCGCCGCCGCGGCUGGGCCCGAACGCUGCUGCCGCCGCCGCCGGAUCUGCCGUCGAGCCGGACGUCACCGCCUCACGAUGCCUUCGAUUAAACUGCAGAGUUCAGAUGGAGAGAUCUUUGAAGUUGAUGUGGAAAUUGCAAAGCAGUCUGUGACUAUAAAGACCAUGCUGGAAGAUUUGGGAAUGGAUGAUGAAGGUGAUGAUGACCCAGUCCCUCUUCCAAAUGUUAACGCAGCCAUCUUAAAGAAGGUGAUUCAGUGGUGCACCCAUCACAAGGACGAUCCACCUCCUCCUGAGGAUGAUGAGAACAAGGAAAAAAGAACAGAUGACAUCCCUGUGUGGGAUCAAGAGUUUCUGAAAGUAGACCAAGGGACGCUUUUUGAACUUAUCCUGGCUGCAAAUUACUUGGACAUCAAAGGUUUGCUUGAUGUCACAUGCAAGACAGUUGCAAACAUGAUCAAGGGGAAGACUCCAGAAGAAAUUCGCAAGACAUUCAAUAUUAAGAAUGACUUCACUGAGGAGGAAGAAGCACAGGUACGCAAAGAGAAUCAGUGGUGCGAAGAGAAGUGAAGUUUGUGCCUGACACGAACACUGUAAGGAUUGUUCCAAAUACUAGUUGCACUGCUCUGUUCAUAAUUGUUAAUAUUAGACAAAUGCAGCAGCAAAUGAAGUUGUGUUAGCAGGAUAUCGUUCCCUUUGCAUGUGUAGUGGUUUUUUUUUGAGUACAAAUUCAAAUCUGAGUUUUUACUAGUGUAAUUGGAUGUCUUUUUACUUUACUCUGCAAUGAAUAAAACAACUAAGUGUGGAUUCUGUAUGGAGAGUAACACUUAAGGUUAUCAUUUUCAUUAUGCUUCUGAACUCUUCAAGUCAAGUUACAAUGCUAAAGGAUUGACUCCAUUGUAAAUAAACCCACCUGUGACCACUUCCUCAAGAACAACAUGCUGGUAUUUACAGGGUAUUGAUAGCUUCAUGAGGGAAAUUAGAAUGGGUCUUGGGGAACUAGAUAAAGUAAAAAGUUACUGGAUUUUUUUUCCAAAAAUGUGGUGUGGAGAGCUAAUGUUACUUAGAGCUUGGUAACUUUCAAGAUGGUUCUUGUCCUGCUUCUAAACAAAGAAAAAUGUGACCACUCUCUUGUCCUGGUAGCCUUGCCCUCUAGACUGGUGACAGAUGUGAUCUAGGACUAAGCAAGCUCCUGACAGAUUUGAAUACUUCAACCAUGUCUUGAAGACCUGCCUCUUGCUGGUAGCAGAUGAAGUGUUGCUUUAUGCACAGGAUUGGUGUGUUUUUAUAUGUUAGUUAGAAAUGGAAUCCAAGUUUGACCAAAAAAUGACUGACAUUACCAAAGUUAAUAUUCUUGACCUGUGCAUGCCAUUAGUGGCUGUUUUUUAGGCAAUUUUAAACAACCCUUGUGAUGUAGCUCUUUAAAACAUGGUUCUGUGUGUCCACAGGAAAUCUUAUGCCUCUGUACGUGAUACUUCAGCUUGUAGAGACUUAAUUAUUGCAUACAAAGCUAAUGCAAUAUGAAGCUUAACUUCUUUGGACAAAGCCACUUGCAACUAGUUAAACAGUAACUGGUUUUCUGAUUUUUAUUGUUUUUUACAGUUCCCUUAUAGGGAGUAGGAGAUGGUUGUGUGGUAGAUCUUUGAGGUGUGCUCUUAGCUUGUAUUGCAUUCCAUUCUCUGUAUAAACCUUAGAGUAGAACGAACUUGAAUAAACAUACUUAUCUCACUUCAAAUAUCAGUGUUUCACUUCUGCAUUAAUAAAGGGCUUUUAAACUUU